GAGACCGAGAGGCGGGUCUAGACGAGCGCAGUGAUGGCGGCGCGGGAGAAGCCGCGGGCCAGGUCGGGCCGCAGGCGCCCAGGAAAUAAGCAAUCAAGUGCUUUGAAAAAUGAAGAUGCAGCACAAAGGAAAGUGGCACUUGAGGCUGCUAUUAGAAAGAAAAUUGAAUUUGAGAAAAAAGCUUUGCAUAUUGUUGAACAACUCCUGGAAGAAGAUAUUACAGAAGAGUUUCUUCUGAAUUGUGGGAAACUUAUUACCCCAUCUCACUAUAAGGAUGCUGUGGAUGAGCGGACUAUCAUCAAACUGUGUGGCUAUCCCUUAUGUCAAAAUAAGGUAGAAAAUGUGCCCAAACAGAAGUAUAGAAUUUCAACAAAAACAAACAAAGUUUAUGACAUCACUGAAAGGAAGUGUUUUUGCAGCAAUUUUUGUUACAGAGCAUCUAAAUAUUUUGAAGCUCAAAUUUCUAAAUGUCCAGUGUGGAUGCGAGAAGAAGAAAGACCACCAGACAUAGAGCUGCUAAAGGAAGGGCAAAGUGGCCAGUCUGGGGAAGAAGUAAAACUCCGUGAUGAAGUCAUUAGAGUCUCAGACAUUGAAAACCCUAUGCUGUCAAGCCAGUGUGAAUCUGGCUCCCCUAGUAUACACAGUGACAGCAGCAGUGAUACUGAGCUUGAAUUUGUUUCCUCUAUUCUACCAAGAAAUCAGUCCGGCACACCCAGUGGGACACAGAUAUCUCAAAAAAAUAUACUCAGCAAGAAGCAUGAUCAGGAAGUAUAUUCCAAGCUUGGAGGUGAAGAUUCUGGAGUGAUAGAGGCCACAGAACAAUUGAGUACAUGUAAAUUAGAUUCCCUGGGAAAAAAAAGUACUUGUUCAGUUACGUUUCACAAUAAACUAACUGAUAUUUCUUCAAAGAAUGUUAUGCUUGAAAAUGGAAAUGUUUCAGAAAGCUGUGAAAAUAGCUGUAGUAGUUCACAUGUAGUGUUUCUAGGUGUGAGCAAAAAGGGGGCAGAACAACUGAAAAGAAUACUUACUAAAUCAAAGCAGCAUAUCAAACCUACAUUGAGAGCACCAGUUAAUUCCCUUGCUGCUAAAGGCAAUUUAUUAGAAGUUCUUAAGCAAACUUUUAUUGAAUGGAGGACUGGCGAAACCUUAACAUUUCUCUAUGGUUCAAAAUAUGUUCCUGUACACUUACCAGAAUGCACGUUGGCUGUCGCCUGUGAGAGAGAAGAACUUGAUGAGGAUGACAUAGAGACAGCUGAUGACCUUAAUAAUGAUACCACUAUGUGGAAAUCUAAAAACACUUUGCCUUUUGCAAGUUCAGAUGGAGUUGUUAAACCUUUGCCUAGUUACAAAAAGUUAAAAGAAGAAAUUGAGCUAUUAGAACUAAAAGUAAAAGAGUUCUAUAAAGGAAAGUACAUCUUGGCUGAAGAAACAGCAGCAGAAGUUCAUGAGGAAGAAUAUUUUAGCAGCCAUAAAGAUAACCAGGAGGAUGAUCCCACCUUCCCACUAAUAGAUUCUAAUGCGCAAAUGCAGAUUCGAAAGCGGAUUGUACUUGAAAGGCUAAGAAAAGUAUUGCCUGCAGUGCUGGGCCCUCUUCAGAUUACACUAGGUGAAGUUUACACGGAAUUAAAAAGUCUUGUCUCAACUUUUAGGUUAACAAACAUAAAUAUUAUUCACAAAAUGCCUGAAUGGACCCUGAUUGCCAUUGUAUUGUUAUCAGCUGGAUUGUGGUGCUUGUCAUCAGCAGCUGUCUGGUCAUCACAGCCCCAGGAAAGACUCUAUGUAGUCCAGGCUAGGAGGCUGCUGAAACCAACCCUCCCUUACCUCAUGGAUAGAAAGAGGACUUUUACAAGCAUGUAAUCUGGCAGUGAUCUGGCCCCGUGAUUGAACAGUAGCCAUGUUAUUCCUAAAGCCAAACAAUGGGCUAGCAUUAGCAACAACUUAAGUUAAUUGCUUAUAUCCCACACUUAAAUAUAUGAUUAUAUUAUGAGGGCUCUUAAUGUAAAAAUAACGUGGGGGUAUCAGGAGAAAUAAAAAUAUGAGUAAGGGGAUGUCAAGACUACACAUCAAAAUAACUGUUAGGGUCCCAAGAGUGGGGUGUAUAUGUGUUUGGAGGGGUAGGGGGACAAGGGUUGUUUAAGUAAUAGAGCUCUAUUUCAUGCAGUAGAUACUUUUGCUAACAUGACUUGUUAAUUCAAUAGUGGAUUUUUUGGUUCAUUUUCAGAAUAUCCUUAAUACCUUCUGGCAUCUGUAAAUUCUACUUUGCUUUUGGCCAAGUUUCUAUUCUUAUUGGUGUCUUGAAUUUUAACAGGAUGUGAUUACUGUUAGUAGACCAUUGCAUGACAUUCUCCUUCAUUUGUUUAAAGUAUGUGAGUAAUACAUUAUCACUGUGUAUCAAAUAUAAGAUAUUAUGUUAGUAGCAUGAACUCUCUGUUGGACAUCUAGAUUCAUACAAAAAAAAUGCUGCAAAAAGGAAUGGCCAAUCUGAAAAUCCAGCCGGAGGCAUUUGCAUCUUAUUUAUUACAUACAAACAUGCUGUAUUUCUUAAAUGUGCUUCCUUAGACUAAAUGUAGACAUCCAGUGAAGAGAUUGCAUUCAGGUAUCUUUAAACUCUUUCUAAGAUUAAGUAGACUUUUAAAAUUGAUUUGCAGGCCAAAAGCCUUGUUUAGUAACUUAAGUUAUGAUUGCUUGCAACAUCGCCCUGUCUGAACAUUUACUUUCUGAAUUUUAUGUUUUAGCCAGCUGCUUUCUAAUGCAAUGUAAAAUACAAUACUGAAUGGUAGAACCUCUUCCCAAAAGGUCUUUGCUUGAUCUCGAAUGAAGUGGAUAAAUAGAUACAUAUAUGGUAUUUCAAGAAGAAGAGUGGAGAACAAAGUAUAGAAGAUUAGUUGCCACACAAGCAUGGACACUUGCUGUUUUUAGUGUAUACCCCUGGUACAGACUAAUGGAAAGCUUUCAAGAUAUUCUCAAAAACAUCUGCUUUCAUCUUAUUUAUCUGAACUGGCUGGUUCCAGUGAACUGUGGUCAGUUUUAUCUGCAAAGCCUAUGCAGCAUCCCCCUCCCCACCUCCCCUCAGGCCCCCGCCCCUCCCAAAAAAAGCUUUAGCGCAUUUCAGAAUGUUCUGGGAUUAGAGUAUAAGCAUCAGGAUGCAGUAUUUAAACUCAACAUGAUGACAGUCGCUAAACAAAAAACAUCUUUAGAUGUGUGCAGCCACUUUAGGUAAAUGUAUCAUGUGGAGAUGUACUCUAGAGAUUUGCUCUCUGAAAAAUGAUGGCAGUACAGGAACUGAAGAAUCUGCAUACUAGUAUCUGUUGUUAUUACUUUGCAAGCUAUAGCCUAUCUAUUGCUUAAAAUUGAAAUCUAUACAUUGCUUCCAAUGGGCUUCAGUUAUUGAUAAUUCUGCUGAAUUUGUUUAAACAUUGUAAUCUUCAUAUGUGAAAAUUUAAAAGAUAUUAAACACAAAUAUCUGCGCGAUGCCAAAGUAAAGUAGUUCCCUUAUUCUGCAGAUUGGUUUUCCUGUGAGUAGGCAAUCAUAUUUGUUUAGUUUAAUGAAAAACGUAAGCUUUUAGUCCUGUUAUGCCUGUAGAGAGUCAGUGCACCUUAGACAAACAGCUGAAAGCUUAUUUUGGUUAACAGUCCUGCUGAUGAUGGAUAAUGAGCCAAAUUCCAACUAGAAAAAAAAAUUCUGUUAAAAUGGAUCUUGUUGUUGUUGUUCCUAGUUUUAAUUGUUUGACGGGCCAAGAGUUUAAAAUGUUCUUUUGCUUUUUCCUGAUUUAAUGACAAAUUAAUGCCACAGUGCCAUCUCUACAGCAUAAUUUUUCGUCAUUCUGAUUUACUGUGUAAAAAACCCCAACUCUUUCUCCAAGUUAUGCUAAGUAAAUGUAUGUUUUCUUCCAUUUUUCUCCUCUCCUUGAUUAAUGGAUUAUAACUUUUCAGUUAACAAAAUGCAGUCGAUAUUUUUUUUUGAUAAACAGGUCUUACUGCUAUUUGCCUUAUAAGCAAAUUCAGUUCAGCUUAUUCAUCUUAAAUCAGUAGUCUUUACUGUACUUCCUUUUAACACUGUUCAGAUAUUACUUGGGAAAAUAUGUGCAGCACAGAAACUUAUGCAGGUAGGGCUUUUACUUUUGCUAAUUGUGGAUUUAAUUGUGAAGUAUAGCCUUCAUUAAGUUAAUUAGAUUAACCUAUAUUAAAAUAAGUACAAAAAAGAAACUAGAAGUUAACACAGUUUAGAAGAAGGAGCAGUUGCUUUUUCCCCCCCUAAUAUAAGUGGCCUCACUUGUCGUCUGGGAAAAAGAUUUACAAAUUUUAUUGUUAUGCAUAACUGCAAUCUAAAUUUAAAUAUACAGCUAAAUUUUUUUUAAUUCAGCAUUCCCAGGAGACUUCUAAAUGUGCCAUGUAUGAUACAAGGCUCAAAUAUAUUUAAUAUGCAGCCUUCCCCUGUACAUUUUAUGGAGACAUAAAUAAGUUUACCACUACUUUAAGAUAUCAUCAUAGUCACUGGCUUCAUCAGUCAAGGAGAAGAGCACAGGAUACCUUCUAGAGCUCCUGGUUGCACAGGUAAAUGUGUCCAGGUAUAGACUGCAUUUUCUUAUGCACCCAUUAGUUCUGCUACUCAGUGCAGGAGAAAGGUGGAGCUGUGGCCUCCUUUUAGAUGUCUUGAACCUAAAAACUAUCUUGGAGGGGAAAGCUAAUGUGUACAUGCGUGCAGGAAUGCAGGACCUGUGAUCUAGGGCUGUGUGAAGCUUCAGUCCCUGAUUUGAUUCGGCUCAAUUUGGUGGCCAAAUCUC